AUGUCUGGCAUUAGACGCGCUUUAUCCAAAAUCCGCACAAAGCAUGACGGCGUCGUGGGUGAUGGAGACAGCGGCGGCAGCGGUUCGCAGUCCCCCCGCCGCUCGCUGGUGGGCUUCCUGCGAGAUCGCGACGAUAUCUCCUCGUCCGACGACCUAUCGGACGAUUCCUCAAGCCCCAUGAGCAAAAACCAGCAAAAGCGACUCGCCCGCCAGCAAGCGCGCCAGGCCAAAAGCCGCCUGAGCGAGGAACAGAGAAGCAGCUCGCAACAACGACGCCACGAAAAGGAAGAAGAAAUCGCCCGCGAAGAGACCCCCGAAAUGAAAGAACGGUACGGCGACUUGCCUCUUGUGCAGAGUCAGACGCGAUCCGGCGAACCCAAGCUGAGGUUGGCCGAUAUCUCGACCGAUCUGAUUGGCAAGGAAGUGACCUUUGUUGCUCGUCUGCAUAUCAUUCGUAACAUGAGUGCCAAGCUCGUGUUUUUAGUCUUUCGUCAGCAACUCACUACUUUCCAAGGUGUGCUACAUGCCGAAGAAGGUAAGAAGUCCUUGGGUAUGGUGAAUUGGGCCGAGCGUCUGCGAACUGGGACCAUUGUUCGCGUUCGCGGUAUCAUGCAGAAACCGGCCGUUCCCGUCUUGGGCUGUACCUACCACGAUGUGGAAAUUUCCAUCGAACAGCUUCACGUCGUCGUCCGUCGCGAGGAUUCGGUACCUUUCUCGGUCUACGAAGCUGAGAUCCGCACUGAAGAGGAAGACCGCGUCGAAGGUCGCUUCAGCCAUAUCCCCGAUCGCACUCGUUUGUCUAAUCGUAUCCUCGAUCUCCGAACUGGUACCGCUCAAGCUAUCUUCCGUAUUCAGUCUGCUGUCGGCAACCUGUGGCGUGCUGCUCUUGACGAGCGAGGAUUCAUUGAAAUUCACACUCCCAAGUUGCAAGGCUCAGCAACUGAAUCCGGCGCAAGCGUCUUCGAAUUGAACUAUUUUGGUCGCCCGGCUUUCCUUGCUCAGAGUCCUCAAUUGGCCAAGCAGAUGGCAAUCGCAUCUGAUUUCGAGCGCGUCUACGAAAUUGGCGCCGUCUUCCGAGCCGAGAAUUCAAACACCCAUCGUCAUUUGACCGAGUAUACCGGUCUCGAUAUUGAGAUGGCCAUCGACGAGCACUACCACGAAAUGCUCGAGACCAUUGAUGCAGUACUCCGGCAUAUCAUCACCGGAAUCUACAGCAAGUACCGCCGUGAAGUCGAAGCCGUCAAGCAUCAAUUCCCCUCCAACGACGUCGUCCUCGCCGAAAAGACCCCCGUGAUUCCAUUCCAAGAAGCAGUCAAGCUGCUCAACGAAUCUGGCUGGCGCACUGAGGAUGGCAAGGAGGUCCCUGACGACGAAGACUUGGCCACGCGCGACGAAAUCCGACUUGGAGAGGUGGUCAAGGAGAAAUACGGCACCGAUUACUAUAUCAUCGAUAAAUUCCCCGUCUCUGCUCGUCCCUUUUAUACCAUGCCCGAUGCCAACAAUCCCGGCUAUACCAACUCCUUUGAUAUCUUUGUGCGUGGCCAGGAGAUUGUCUCUGGUGGUCAGCGUAUCCAUGACCCCUCGAUGCUGGAGGAUAAUAUGAAGAAAGUCGGCAUCAAGCCAUCUGAUAUGGAGGACUACCUCGAAGGUUUCCGAUGGGGAGCACCCCCUCACGCUGGAGCCGGUGUUGGUCUUGAACGUUUUGUCAUGCUUCUGCUGAAAUUGGGUAAUAUCCGUUUGGCUUCUCUCUUCCAUCGCGAUCCCAAGAGCUUCCCACCCAAGCCACCUGUUCUUCAGCUUCGUCAUCCUGAAGCUUCCACUCUGGAACCAACAUGGCAGAAGGAGGAACGUGGUCGCAAAGCCAAUGAUGAAAAGGAAUACCAGCCUCUUGUGGAGUUGAUUGCCAACUACGGUGAUGCCACAUCUACGUCUUGGACAGAUGACCGAUACCAAAUCUGGCGAGACCCCUUCACCGGAGCUGCCGUUUCGUACAUCCCCAGUUACAACUAUGCUAUUAUUCCUGGUGACCCACUCUGCGAUCCAAGUCAAUAUAACCGUGUUAUCAGCGGAUUCUUGCAUUGGCUCAAACGCGAAACCAAGCUCAAGCCCAUUUGGAUCUUGAUUUCACCUGCAGUGGAGGAGCUUUUGGGCGAGAAGUACGGAUGGCGAAGCUUGUCCUGUAUCGCUGAAGAGCGUGUUGAUCCCAGUCGCAACCUUAUGGCUUCUGAUACUGAGGUUGCCCGAAAGAUUCGACAUGCCGAAAGUGAGGGUAUCAAGGUUAUUGAUGUUCCCCAUGGAGAAUUACCAUCGGAAGAAAUCAGAACCAAGAUUGACAAACGUAUCAAGGACUGGUUGGCCAAUCGCAAGGGAACUCAAAUCCAUCUGUCAGAAAUUGCUCCAUGGCGCGACUACGAGCAUCGCUGGUACUACUAUGCCAUCGACAAGGAAGGCACAGUCGUCGCAUUCGUGGCUCUGGCUAUGCUCGCACCCCGCCAGGGCAUGCAAGUGAAGUACAGUCUCGAUUUCCCUGACUCUCCCAACGGAACAAUCGAGUACAUUGUCACCCACGCCAUUCAAACCGCCUCCAAACAAGGUGUUAAAUCACUCACAUUCGGUGCCGGUGCAACCGCCACUUUGACACCAGGUCAUCAUAUGAAGGGCGCCAAAGUACGUAUGUUGCAACAUACCUACGAGGCAGUGGCGAAACAAUUCCAUUUGACGCGCAAGAGUGAGUUCCGUAUGAAAUUGGGUGCUCAUGAGGAACCGUUGUAUAUUGCUUAUCCACCUCAUGGAUUGGGAUCGCGUGGUAUUCGGGCGAUUAUGAAUUUCUUUGAAGAUUAAGCUCAGUUUGAUUAUAAGAGAGGAAUCGUGGAAGAAAUAGAUAAAAAGAGACGAGCGUGAUGACUACUACUUUUAUGUCAAGUACUCAAUCGUGUCCCAGCAGUGUCUUUCAUAUCCAAACCUCCUCAUGUCUGAUUCGAAUAUCUUGCUUUUGACUUUCUAUUCAUCAACCUAGCAUUUUGAAUAUUCCCCUUUUGUAUGUUCUUGAAUUUCAUGUCAUGUUACGUUUAUGAUGAAUCUCCUUUUUAUGUCUUGUCUGUUGAAUAAAUCCAUUUGGUCUUGGUUUUUGUCGAUAGGAUAGAUGUAUUGGUGCGUUAAUGAUUAUCGUUAGACAUUUUGACUCCUA